GUAGAGGUCCAAAAGGAUCUGGAUCUCAGAUGCGACGUGAAUGUCGAAGGUGCCUGAGCAGCGGACCGAGAGAGCCAAUGACUUGUUAAAAACAGAGAGGGUGAGAGGGAAGUCAUUUAGUCUGCUCAGCCCGAACGAUGCGCGAGAGCUAGCUACCGUCAAUUUCGGAAUCAUUCCUGACGAGUCCGUGGUGGGCGACAAUAAAGAUGCACCAGCAUCAGAACAGAACCCUGAUGCCAUCAAGAAGAUUGAUAAUGGGAAUGCAGAGAGAUGGACGAACCCGCAAGUAUAGCAACGCGACCACAGGUGGAACCACAUCAGAAGCAGAACGCGAUGAUAAGGAUCAGAGUCUGGGCACGAGAGAGCAGGCGAAACAAGAUGAAGUGCCACUACCAGAAAGCGAGGAUACGAGGGUCCAUCGGUUGAAAUCGGAAUUUGCGCUUGGGCGGCUUGGAGAGGCUAUUUUGGAACAGAAAGUACAAGCAGCAGAUUCUUUUGCUAUGCUGAUCGGCUUCCUCCUCGCGCUCGUUCUCGAGAAACUCCUGUCUCUAGACUUAUGUAGUUGUGGGGUUUCAUUACAACAACCGAUCCUGCUACACACGGCAGGAGUCAUCCUUGGUCCUGAUGAUGUCAAGGAUUAAGCUGAAGGAAAAAGAUAAGAAUUCAAACAGUCAUCCUCAUCAGGAAUAUUACUCAAAGAGGUGAGAAUACAUAGCCUCGAGUAGUCGUUGUAUCCUUUUCUAAGACGAGGAAGCGAAUUUUCGAAUGAGCACCUUUUUCUCGCCUAUUCCAGUCUUCUCCGCAUUUCCUGCGGUUCCGGUUUUUCAUGCGUCCUGGCUUUAACCUACACUACCGCGAAAGUGCGGCGUCUCUCGGGACGGAGUACCUAACUGUUCGGAACAUCCGACGACGAUGUCGAUGCCUUGAUUGAAUGCGUCGGGCGUCCGGAGCUCGAGAGGAGAUGGGAAUCGAACAAAGCGUGCUCUGAGUCUAAAUCGAAGGAAGGAAAGUUCACAAUGCACGCACGGAGCUGGUAUUAUGCGAAAACCGGCAAGAUUAUCAAAGGGGGAGGAGGAGCCGGAGCGAUCGUUUUCGAAAAGAACUCGAAACUACAUAGAGGCGGGGGGCGAAGAGACGAUAAACAGAAAUCCUUUGUACCAACUUCGAAACUACGCAAUUAUAAGCAGAUCAACGACGAUGAAAAAUCUGCCGAAAGCGGAACGUCGAAAAGUGGAUCUUUUCUUGUUUCACCACGACCCUUAUCUAGAGUGAUUUCGGCAGCGCACUACUACAAGAAAGAGUGGGAGAUGCGGAUGCGGAUUUGGCUGUUUGUUUCGCCGCGGGCCGACUACGGCUACGUCUUUCCUGUGUUUCGCGUCAUGCUGCUUUGUUUUCUGGCAGCUAUUAGUGUGAAGCAGAUCGAUGCGAUGCAGAGCUCGCAGCCGAUGGGCUAUUCAAAUAUGCUAGUCAUGGUUGGGGGACCUAGGUAGCCUCGUUUUUCUCGUUCUCAACAAAAGAAAUGGCUCUACUGAGGGUUUGUCGUGAUGACUAUGUUAUGAAAAGCACGCCAAUAAGUAUCCCCGCUGCAACCGGUUUUAUUAAGUUGUGUUCGAAACUUAGAAGUACC